GAUAAUGAGAGUCACCGCUACUUGUAUGUGUAACUUAUUCAUUCUUAUAGUCAUGUUUAAGUGUUUCAAAUAUUUCAAGUAAAGCAAAGGUAUUUUAGUAUAUUGAAUAUAGAAUUAGGUUUGGUUUGAAGGCUGUAAUUUUCUUUACCAGUAAAUGUCGGAAUAUAGCUCCAUUUCAUGCUUGACCACAGGUUGUUCGGGAAAUCCAUGUCAUCGGGGAACAUGUAUACCAAUGAAUAAUCAGUAUUUCUGUCUGUGCUCACCUGGAUAUGUGGGACAUAACUGUGACAAAGACACUGAUGAUUGUGCUAACAGCCCAUGUGAGUACGGAACAUGUAAAGAUAUGGUAGAUGAUUUCUAUUGUGAAUGUGUUGUUUUCUCCAAAGGCAAAAUGUGCAGCAAAUUUACAUCAUGGGCUAUUGCUUUUAUCUGCUCUACUUUUUGCAUUCUGUUGCUGUUACAGGUGCCUUUUUGGAACAGAUUACGAAAAAAAGAAAGUAGAACCACUGAGAAAAAUGUCUAUACAAUACCAAGCAGAAAGACCACCACCAACGGAAAGACAACCCCCAAUAGAAAGACCACCAAGUUAUGAUGAUUGAUAGGAAUGUCUGUACCUGAAAAUGUCAUGGAUAAAUUGCAGUGUGAUAAUUAAACAUGUUAUCGUAUUACAUUUUCAUUUAAUUUUCCAUUUCGUCUAUAAUAAAUUUCUGACAAUAGAGCUAAACAAAUUUAUUCAUUAUAACUUGUUUUUUUUUAUCCUAUUUGUUGAACAAUAAAAUCGGAGUAAAACUCAGUAUAUAGCAUUUGAUUAAACCAAUAUUCACGCUACUACGUUUGAAUGUUUCAUGAAACCGUUACACUAAAAUAUAAAUACGUUUUUAGUUGAUAUGACCACAAUUUCAUGAUAUAAACAUUACAUUGAUACCGAGUAGACCUACGCAAAGGGAAAAAAAACCACAAUUCACCCUCACAUCGUUGGUGGUGCUUAAAACUAGAGAAUCAAUACACACAGGAAUACUUUUAUACGCUAAAAAGAAACUGCCUUCUGUCAAUUAAUAGUUGAUAGAUCAAGAAACUCGCAUCGUUAUCAGUGUUUUGAAUAAAAAAUAAGAUAAAAUAAAAAUAUCCUAGGGAAAUUCAAAACGGAAUGUCCUUUAUUAAAUAGCGAAACAUGCAAAAUCUCAAACACAUCAAACGAAUGGAUAACAACUGUCAUAUUUCGGACUUGGUACAACCAUGUCCUUUUGUUAAAAAUAAUGUUAUUUAAAUUUUUCACUUGACAGUCGAAUAAAACUGCAUUAUUGAAAUAUUAAUAACAAUGUGUAAAACAAACAGACAUCGGUAAAAAUGUCAAAAUUUGGUUACAGCAGUUCACAUUGCAAUGUAAUCUAAAUCACUAUAAAAACAAAUAACCAUUUCAAUAAAGAAACAGGACAGCAAAAACACUCUAUUUGGUGUUUGAUUUCCGUCAAUCAAACACCAAAUAUUUCGGACUGUUAACUAAAAAUGUAUAUUAUACUUUAUUCUAUUAGAUUCCAAAAACGUUAUUCAUAAUGGAAUGAGAAACAUGCACAAUACAUAAAAGCUCCUUGCAUAUUAAAUGUAAGAGGUAUCACAUUACAAAAGACAUGCUGGUUAUCCUCAACAGGGUGGUCAUCAUUUAAGAAAUGUUUUCUCUGAUAAAAAUUGAGUAUACAAAUCCCUGGUUUAGGCUGCUAUCAUUAUUUUCAAGUUGAUAAUGACUGUAAUGUGUGCAUAGUAAGCAUACCUAUAGGUUUAGAGCUUAUGACUGUAUUGUAUUCCAAGAUGACAGUGAUAUAUUUGUUUUUCAGUUACAUCAUGGCAAUUGCUUUUAUAUCAAUAG